CCGAGGCCGGGGCAACGAGGCAGUGUCCCCAGUGGAGAGGGGUUGGGGGGACUGGUGCGGGCUUCCCAACAUCGGGUCUGAAGCCGCGACUCAGCCCCCCUCCUUCAUUCCCGUGCACUCCCCAAACCCCUGCCCUGUUGGCUCGCGCUCCUUCCCCAAGCCACUCCCCGCAAAUCUUCUGCCCCAUUCCGUACCCUCCCACUAGCCGCCGUCUUUGCUAGCUCCCGUGCACUCUAACCUUGCCGGCGAACCCACCCUCAUCUCUCCAAGCCCCCGCCCCCCCAUCCGUCCCCUGCCUCCUGCUUCUCCACCCCAGCUUCUGCUCCUCUCCCGCCUGGCCUAGCUCCACCCCUGUCCCGGUCCCUCCAACCCGCACCCGCUCGGCCCGCGCACUCCUGUGGGCAGAAUCCAGCCCGAACUCGAGUCCCGAGUGUCCUCCUUCCCCUGCAAUCCCGAACCCGUCGGUCUGCAGAAGGCCCACUCGUGAACCCUAGUGUGUUGCAGACAGUGUCUGAGCCGGCCCUUACAACGUGAUGUGACUGUGGUCGGGUUUGGUAACAACUCCUUCUCAGAGGUGUUGGUGCCCAGUCGGGACAUCUGUGGGAGGAGGAUUUAAAGCAGAUGGUUUGAAAAAGCCUCCCUUCCCUGGGGAGAGGUGGAGAUGCACAGUGACAGCCUGAAAAUCAGUGGAUGAUUCCAUCCUCUCUCUUCUCUUGGCUUUCAUUGACUUGACUUAAAUUAAUUGCCUAUUUCUCUUAGAAAGAGAAGGGACAUGUAGGGGAUAGUUCUCUUUUUGGGAUUGGCUCCUGGCCAGAUCACCCUCAGAAAAGCAUUGGAGUGGGGGUGGGGUUCUGGACACCAGGGACCGGGCAGGUCAUUGGAUAUCUGGCCUUUGGAACAUUUGGAAACUGUGUUGUCUGUAACCCUUUUUUCUAUUUUUUUACUUGAAUGGUAAUUAGCUCAUUUUUCUUUCACCAUUGAAUAGUGAAUUAAUAAGUAAUUAGCCCAAGGUCACACGGGGGCUCAGUAGGGUUCCCUUGAGUGCCCACAAAUUCCCAUGAGCUGCUUCUUCUGAGCCCUUAUCACACUGCUCUGUGAUGACCCCACCUACUGCAGGGUGGGGUGGGAAUCAUCUCUGUGGCACCAGCCCCCAGACUGGUACCCCCUACGUGGUAAGUACUCAGUGUUUGUUGAGUAGAGAAAUGAAUCCCUCUCUUAAAUCCAGUCUGUCUGAGUUCACAAUUCAUGUGUUUUUUUUUUUCCACUGUAUUACACUGUUGUCAAAAUAUUAUCCUUAAAUUCAAGUAAUUAUAUAUGGGAUCACUCUAGAGGCAAACUCAUUUUUGUGUGUGAUUGCUGACAGUGCAAUAUAUGGGUCAAGCUCUGACAGGGCAUGUUCGUGAUUUGAAACCAUGAAGAGCAAAUAGAACAAAUAAUAAUGCUUUUCCGCAAUCGCUUCUUGCUACUGCUGGCCCUGGCUGCCCUGCUGGCCUUCGUGAGCCUCAGCCUGCAGUUCUUCCACCUGAUUCCAGUGUCGACAGCUAAGAAUGGAGUGAGUAGCAGGAGUCGAAAGAGAAUCAUGCCGGACCCGGUGACGGAGCCCCCUGGGAUGGACCCUGUUUAUGAGGCUCUUUUGUACUGCAACAUUCCAAGUGUGGCUGAGCACAGCAUGGAAGGCCACGCCCCACAUCAUUUUAAGCUGGUCUCAGUGCACGUGUUCAUUCGCCAUGGGGACAGGUAUCCGCUUUACGCCAUUCCCAAAACGAAGCGACCAGAAAUUGACUGCACUCUGGUGGCUAACAGGAAACCAUAUCAUCCUAAACUGGAAGCUUUCGUAAGUCACAUGUCAAAAGGAGCUGGAACCUCUUUCGAAAGUCCCUUAUACUCCCUGCCUCUUUACCCCAACCACCCACUGUGUGAGAUGGGAGAGCUCACGCAGACAGGAGUCGUGCAGCAUUUGCAGAAUGGUCACCUGCUGAGGGACAUCUAUCUAAAGAAGCAUAAACUCCUGCCGAGUGACUGGUCCACAGACCACCUUUACUUAGAGACCACUGGGAAAAGCCGGACUCUACAAAGUGGGCUGGCCCUGCUUUACGGCUUUCUUCCAGAUUUUGACUGGAAGAAUAUUUAUUUCAGGCACCAGCCGAGUGCUCUAUUCUGCUCUGGAAACUGCUAUUGCCCCGCAAGAAAUCAGUAUCUGGAAAAAGAGCAGCGUCGUCAAUACCUCCUACGUUUAAAAAACAGCCAGCUGGAGAGGACUUAUGGGGAAAUGGCCAGGAUUGUGGACAUCCCCACCAAACAGCUCCGGGCUGCGAACCCCAUCGACUCCAUGCUCUGCCACUUCUGCCACAACAUCAGCUUCCCGUGCACCAGAAACGGCUGUAUUGACAUGGAGCACUUCAAAGUGAUCAAGACACAUCAGAUAGAGGAUGAGAGAGAGAGGCGGGAGAAGAAACUGUAUCUUGGGUAUGCGCUACUGGGCUCCCACCCCAUCCUGAAUCAAACCGUUGACCGGAUGCAGCGUACCGCGGAAGGCAGGAAAGAAGAGAUUUUCGCCCUGUACUCUGCCCACGAUGUCACUCUGUCACCAGUUCUCAGUGCCUUGGGCCUGACAGAAGCCAGGUUCCCAAGGUUUGCAGCCAGGUUGAUCUUUGAGCUCUGGCAAGACAGAGAAAAACCCAGUGAGCAUUCUGUCCGGAUUCUUUAUAAUGGUGUGGAUGUCACAUUCCAUACCUCUUUUUGUCAGGAGUACCACAAACGUUUUCCCAAACCCAUGUGCCCCCUUGAAAACUUUACUCGCUUUGUCAAAAGGGACAUGUUUACGGCCCUGGGUAGCAGUAGUACUAAUUAUUAUGAUGCAUGUCACAGGGAAGGACUCUAAAAGGCACACAGUACAGUGCUUAUAAAAUCUACGCCAGUCCAGAAGGGAUGGAAAAAGUCCCCUUCUAGUUCUUUCCAUUGAAGGGUACAUGACUAUUGAUUUUUAAAGGCUAGAAAUCCUGUUUGGGAGUCAGAUGGAUGGUUUGGGUUGAAGAAUAAGUACGUUGCAAUUUGGUACGUGAGUUACUUGGUACACAUUAGCCAGUUCACAGAGAAAGGAAGGUACUUUAUCAUAAGCAGACUUGACUUAGAAUGCCAAAGUUGCCAUCCAAAUGUGCAUUCUUUUGGCCUAUCAGGGUACUGUAUGAUGGAACCAGCAAAUCUCAGCCAAAAUUUUCUUAGUCCUGCACAGUCUUGCCUUGGCCAUGAUCAGUGAAAAAUUUCCUCAAGUGAUUUAUCUAAAACAGGGGUCAUGAAACUUCUUCUGUAAAGGGCCAGAUAGUAGAUAUUUUAAUAGAUUUUCCAGGCCAAGAGACCACCUCCAGUCUUAUAACUACCCAACUCUGCUGUUGUAGUGCAAAUGCAACCAUAGACAGUACUUAAAUAAGUGAGCAUGGCUGUGUCUGCAGGCAGUACUAAACAGGUGGCAGGCAGAUUUGGUCCAUGGGCUGUGAUUUGCCCACCCCUGGUCUAAAAACCAGUCUCUAAUAUAGUUGCACUUUCAGCACUUUGAGAACUGAUUGAAUACCAAGAGUUAUUCAGUGGUGCCUCUGGUAACUUCUGCUAGAAACACAGAAUUUGGUCUGCAUCUGACAUUUUCACAAAACUUGGGGGGCGGGGAUGGGGAUAAACAUUGAAUCAGAAUGAAUCAUAGAAAAAGCUAUUAGAAUAAUACUUGAUGUUCAUAAUGAUUGUGGUACAAGGUAGUUUUAAGUAUGUUUUAAAUAUUUGUCUGCUGUAGUCUAUUUGCUGUACAUGCUGAGUUUUUUGUAUUCCAUUUAGUAUUUUUAUAGUCUAGGAAAAUAUUUUCUAAGACCAGUUUUAGACAUACUCUUACUUGUAUAGUAAUAUUCGAUUUACCAGAUCUGCUUGGUGGUCAGAAGUGGGACAGAAGCUGAAUUCAGGCGCUUUUUCCCUAUAAAACUAAUUAUGGCUCAUUUCCUUUGACAAACCAUAGAAUUGGAUCAAUUUUUAAACCAUUCUCAUCAGUUUCAAACAGUAAAUUCUGAUUGAUUUUUAAAUAAGUUUUUGAAAGAGCUUUGUUACUAGAUGGUUAAAUAAUCUUUAUAAGGUAUUUUAUAUAUUAGAAGCAAUUAUAAUUCAGUCUGUGAUUUCUGAACUAAUGGUGCUAGUUCUAGGCGAAGAAAUGUAAAGUGCAAGUGAGAUUCUCCAGUGUCACUAGCAUUCCAGCCUCUUCACUUUGUUUUUGUUCAGUGUUGCAUUUGAAUAUGUCUGUUUCUAUAAAUAAAUUUUUGAAGAAUA